UGAGAGAGUGUCGUUGAGUAGAAGUCGUCGGACUUCGCGAAAGGUACAAUCGCGGAUCUGCUGUGCUUAAAUAGCGAAAAGGAACGUCAAAUCUGGGAUAAAGGAAAAGAAAAUACGAAAGGAUCUCGACGAGGCGAUUAUUACGAAAUCGGCCAAAUUUUUACCGUUAAAUACGACAGGAUAUUAAUUAUCGUUGUGAACUGCUGGGAGGACGAUUAUUUUUCACACUGAAAAUAAACUGAAUACUGACAACAGAUUUGAAAAACAAACAAACGUAUCGAGAGAAAGGAAGAGAGAGAGAAAGAGAGAGAGUGAAAAAUGACGCUGCUUCCGCCGACCGUGAAACAGCAAGAACGGAUUGAUCAGGAAAUGAAAUGGGAUCCGGAACAGACACGCAAAGAUGUUGCAAACCUGAGGGAAUGGCUUGUUAAACAACGGCACCUGCCGCAGCACAUUGACGACGUGAGACUGGAGAGAUUUUUAUACGGUUGUAAAAACAGCCUUGAAAGAACAAAACAGAUGUUGGACAGAUAUUUCACAGCGCGUACCGCAUUGCCGGAAUUUUUCGCCGCCAGAGAUCCACUGGCAAACGAUAUUCAGGAAUGCUGCAAAGCAAUACAAUAUUUUCUCCUCCCAUCGCUGACUUCCGAAGGAUAUCGAGUCACGAUUCUUCGCCUCGUCGAUACAAGAUUGGAAAAGUUUUCCCUCGAAACAAUCACACGGCGCAUCCUCAUGGUUAUGGACACAAGACUGGUUGAGGAAUUUUCACUCUCCAACGUCAUGAUCAUUGACCUUCAGGGUUUCAACGCCGGGCACAUAUCGCGAUGCGUGCCAACGCAAACUGUGAUGCGACGCGGAAUGGUCGCCACUCAGAACAGCAUGCCGUUCCGAUUAGCCCGUAUCCAUUUUCUGCACACACCGUCUUUCAUUGGAAACGUAUUGGCGAUGAUUUACCCGCUGCUUAAAGAGAAGCUCGUCGACAAGUUCCGUUUUCACACCGGUGGCGGUGAAGAAUUGUACUCGUACAUGGACAAGGAUAUCCUGCCGGCCGAAUGGGGCGGAAAAGCUGGAACUUUCGACGAACUGAACGAUGCCUGGAAGAGGAAAAUUGAGAAAAACAGAGACUGGUUCCUCAGGGAGGAGAAGCUUUGCCGCACAAACGAGAACGCUCGUUUGCCAAACUCGAAAUCGUCCCUAACUUCGGAAUUAAACGGAAUCCAAGGAUCUUUCAGAAAGUUGAACAUCGAUUAAAACGGUUCUAAUAUUUUUUAUCGUGUUAAAAUCGCAACAUCAAAUUGAGCAAUAUUAUGUUUGAUUUCUUUAAACUGCGUAUGGAUAUAAGUAAUUAUUGUGAUAAUUUUGUAACACUUCUUGAGACAUUAACUUCACGUUCAUAAAGUAAUAUUGCAAAAAACAACAAAUUCAGACAAUAAUCAGUGGAGGAAAAAAAAAAAAAAUAUACGUCGAUCUUAUUCUGAUGCAAACUUUUGUUAAAAUUGAAAACGGCACUUCAAAUCAAUGUAACUAUAUAAUAUUAUAAAUUGCUGUCGAUAACAAUUAUUUCAUUGUGAUCUUUUGUUUGCUUUCUUCCGUCCAUCAAUAAAUAAUAACUUAAAUUUAUAUUACAAUAAUUAUAACAUCACCGGUGUAGUUAAACAUAUCGUGGUUCAUAAAUUAGUGAUUCGUGACUUAGAUGAGGUCAAAAAAGUCAAAUCUCAAUUCUGUAUUAUAGGUAUAUAGAUAUAUAAUGACCGUUUUAACGGAUCGUUUAAGAAAUCAUCAAAACACUAAAAAUAUGUAAAUAACAAGAAUAAUACGAAUAAAAAUCAUAAAGUGUAAAAUGAA